UCUAUUUCAUGCCCAAUAUCAGUAUACAUAACUCAAAUUCACUCGAACACUCAUAAUCUUAAAAGCAAACGAGCGAAUUGUGUCAUGUUGCAGUGACUUUAUUUCAAAUUCUAAUCAAUAUAUGCGUGUUAUAAGUUGUCAAUCGAUUCAAAUGUCUGUGUUACACAUAUUACUUAUAUUUGGUUUUUUUAAACUUUGCUUAUGUUAUAAAAUUGAGCAAAUUGACAUAAAAACUACAAAUGCAAAGGUGUUUUCGGAAAGGAAUGAUUCUAUGUUUGGCUACAGUUUGACUUUACACAGUGGAAAGGUUUCUCCUGGACGGGAUUUUUCAGGCCAACCAACAAUUUUUGUUGGUGCACCUGAGUUUGAAGAUAAUGGGGGAAAAGGGGGACGUUUGUUUGAGUGUGUGGUCGAUGGUUCGUCUUGUACAGCGCAAUCUAUUGAAUCAGUGCCAGAAAGUUGGGAGAGAAGGAACAACCAAUGGCUAGGUGCAACCACUUAUUCUAAUGGAAACAAAGAAGUUGUUACAUGUGCUCCUCGAUUCACAGAAUACACCACAAACAGCCAAGGCAAGGAAUUUUACUACUUAAUUGGAAAGUGCGUCGUACUUGAGGGAAAGUUUCAGAACAGAAUUACAGAAAGAACAUUGUAUCCUUGUAGACUGGAAAAUGGACGAAAUAAUUAUGAUUAUUGUCAAGCUGGAUUUUCUGCUUCGUUAAAAAAGAAUCAACAGGUUGUUAUGGGUGCGGUGAUGUUCAAUAAGCGAGGAAACGUUGUCUUUGAAGCAUCGAAAAAAAAGUAUAAGUGGGCAACGUUUCCUGCAGAAGAUGGAAAUUUUUACAAUGGUUACUCAGUCACCACCGGGAAUUUUUUCGCGUUAAAUCAAGAAGCAAUUGCAUCUGGGUACCCAAGAUUCGGAUAUUCAGGACAGGUUAGAGUUUAUCGUGAAAACUUGGAUUCCACUAUCGUUGAUAUUUUUCCACCAAAAAAAGUCCAAGAAAGAAAUGAGUUUAUCUUCUUUGGAGCUUCCGUUUGUGGAAUUGAUGUAAACGCUGAUGGUUUUUCUGAUCUAUUAGUUGGAGCCCCAUUCUUCAGCGACAGAGGUGAUGAAGGUCGUGUUUACGUAUAUCUUAGUGUACUAACUCAGAAUCGAAUCCUUGAACUUUCUCCUAAUGAGAAAACGCGACAUGAUCCUGGUUUACGGGGCAGUAACACUAUGGAGGCAAGAUUUGGAUGGUCCAUAACACGCGCAGGAGAUCUUAAUAAUGAUGGGAUUUUAGAUUUCAUUAUUGGAGCACCUCAAGAUCAACCAGAUAUUGACGGAGAUGGUUUUGGCAAUGGCGCCAUAUAUAUUUAUCAUGGACGUAGGGAUGGUAUAUUUAACGAUUAUCAGCAGAAAAUAACGGCCGAAACAGUCAAGAAGUUUUAUCCUAAUUUUCAGCAGUUUGGAUACUCUGUUGCGGCUAUGGUUGACACUAACAAUGAUCUAUAUCCAGAUAUUGCAGUCGGGGCAUGGAAAAGUGAUAGAGUUCUUUUGCUGAGGACUCGCCCAAUAAUGAACUUGGACGUUUCGUUGACUUUAAGCAGGAAGGAGAUACUUGUGGAAAAUUAUACCGUAUUCUGUCCCAACAGUUCUAUACAAUGUUUGGAUGUUACAGUGUGUUUCCAAUACAUCGGCAAAAGUGUCUCUGGUCCUUAUGAAAUUCAAUACCAGUUCGAUUUGGAUUAUCAAACAUGGCAAAAUUUUAAUAGGAGAGUGUAUUUUAAUGAAUCAGGAAAUGAAAUUUACUCCAAGCGUGAUAAAAUAAGACUUCCAGGCAAGAAUGUUACGUCUUGUGUGGAAUUCACUCACAUUCAUGUUAAAGAAAAUAAUCUUGUGGACCGAUUGAGGCUUGGAGCCAACAGCAUCGGUUUCAAAAUAAAUUACAGUCUAAUUUUACCACCAAACUGCGAAAAUACGACUUUAUGUCCAGUUUUGGAUACAAGUAAAGGCUCUGUUAGAACGGAACAGGCUACCAUUAUUGUGAAUUGUACUGACAACGAAUGCAAUUAUGAUCUCAAAACGACAAUAAGUGUUGAUGAAAAUGAAAUAAUUAUUGGUGAAACCAAUUCCAGAAAAGUGACUGUUGAACUCAGCAGUUCUGGCGAAGUUGCGUACAAUCCUACCAUAGCAUUAACUCAUGACCCGUCAUUACAAUAUGAAGAUUUCGAUGUAUCCGAUAGAUCGUUCAGAAUUGUGCCAGAUGCAACACUAAGUAGACCUGAUUACGAUUUGUUUCAACUUCAAGGACCCCUUGAUCCAGAUCAAAAGGUGACACUGGAAAUUACAUACUCGACCACCGCUGUAGUUGGUAAAAAAAAGAAUCUGGAAAUUUUUGUUAGGGUGAACGCGCUAAGCGGAAGCGAGAUUAAUGAUGAAAAUAACAACGCCAACAUUUCUAUGAUUGUCAAGCGCAAUGUCAGACUACAAAUUACCGGCACAACUGUUCCUAAGUCACUAGACUAUCCAGAAAAAGGUCCUGAUUUAAAUAUAAUAGACAACGACUAUAGCUCUGUGAACAUUACUUCUAUUGGACCACCAGUAACCAUUACUGUCGAGGUUGCAAAUCAAGGUCAAAGUGAUUUAGAAGAUGUGAAACUUCGUAUAAGCGUCCCUCUAACCGAAAAGACAAGGAAUUCAAUUAUCUUCUGUAUCCUGUCAGUAUUAAGGAAAGAGGUGAUGCCAACAACGCAGUAUGCAGUGGAAGAGCCUUGAAUCCUGCUAACCUGUCCUUAACGGCGGACUCGCAAGGAAGAACUAGACGGAGAAGAAAUACAGAAACCCUGUCACCUCGGACGAUGGAUUCAGGACUGGUGACUUGUACAAUCAAAGAAAUUGAAAGAAAUGGUCGUUUUGUGGCAGACUUAAAUGUGCGACUGUGGACUGCGACUCUUGCUGCGUAUUAUCCUAAAGAUCUUCUCAUGAUUGUCCAAUUUAAUGCUGAAUAUGUCAACAAUCUUAAUGAGAGCGAAUCACCUCAUCGUGGACAUCAGGAGGUCACAAUUCGAGUAACUCCUGAAAAUGCUCCUGGAAAAUCCAAAUCAACUCCAGUGUGGGUUAUUAUUGUCUCUGUGCUUGGUGGUGUUUUGUUACUGGCUCUUUGUAUUUUCGCUUUAUUCAAACUUGGAUUCUUUAAACGAAAUCGACCUCCAAAGGAGAUAUCACCUCCGCAAACAGAUGAAGCACAACAGACUGAAGUUAAUUAGGAUUUUUAUCUUCUUUAAUUUGUAUUAUUGGUAAUUAAUGCACUGUUUGUACGGCAGACUUGCUUGACAAUUUUAUUUACGUAAAACUCGUACAAUGAAUCAAUAAUUUCCAGCACAUGGUUGUAUGUGUGUGAAACAUUUGCCUUAUUCGAAAAGCUGUAAUAUUUCAUAAUUGUAUGUUAAAACUAAUAAUUUUGUAUGAGUAACGCUCUUCAAACCAAGUGACAAGUAGAACGAGAUCAAACGAA